CAAUCAGAUCAACUGCGGCCAUCCUCCCACAGAAAGGCACGAGGAAGCUUUAUCACACCGGGACGAUUUUUGGGCUGCUCUCCUGCUUGUUUUUGUCUUUUUCUUUUAAAUACAAAACACUGGGUCGUGCUUUUGCAUCAUGAAGGAAAGGAGAAACACACAACCGCUGGUGGUGAGAUGUAAACUGGUUCUCGUGGGAGACGUUCAAUGCGGAAAAACGGCGAUGUUGCAAGUCCUGGCGAAGGAUUGUUAUCCAGAGACCUAUGUGCCCACGGUGUUUGAAAACUAUACAGCCUGUUUGGAGUUGGAGGAGCAGCGAGUGGAGCUCAGUCUGUGGGACACUUCAGGUUCGCCAUACUAUGAUAACGUGAGGCCCCUCUGCUACAGUGAUUCAGAUGCAGUCUUGUUAUGUUUUGACAUCAGCCGUCCAGACACUGUGGACAGCAGUCUCAAAAAGUGGAAAACUGAAAUCCUGGACUUUUGCCCGAGCACACGCAUCCUGCUCAUUGGCUGCAAGACUGACCUCCGCACAGAUGUCUGCACACUGAUGGAGCUGUCCAAUCAGAAACAGACUCCAAUCACUUAUGAGCAGGGUUCUGCUAUGGCCAAGCAACUGGGUGCAGAAGCUUAUCUAGAGUGCUCUGCAUUCACCUCAGAGAAAAGCAUCCACAGUGUAUUCCGCACCGCAGCGAUGGCCUGCAUCAACAAGCUACAGCCUCUGCCGAAGCCCAGCCCCACUCGCCGCCUCUCCAAAAGACUUCUACACCUGCCUAGCAAGUCGGAUUUGCUCUCCUCCACUUUCAAGAAAGAAAAGACCAAGAGCUGCUCAGUCAUGUGAGUGGAGACUUCUUGCGUUACAGUCCUCAUACGCGACUCCCAGCCCCAGCCUCUUUGGUCUCGGGGAAGGGGGGGGUGGGCAUGAUGGUUUUAUCAGGGUUUCCUGCUGAAUCCUUCCCUCACCCCCCCGGAAACCAAACACCUCUCAGAGGAGGUGGACACUUCGCUGUCCACUUGCUCCGGAACCUUUUAGCGCACAUCCAUCUUUUUCCACUGUUUAUUUUGCUUUUGAACAAAACAGAAUCGAUCAUCCAGCUAUCUCACCUGUAAACAGUAUGCAACUACAAUGGUGUUACAUCUGUCUGAUUUUACUAUCUAUAUGCACAUGUUGAUUUUGUCCAAUAUGGAAAUGUGCAACGUGUGACGUUAAUCUUGUGAUGUAAAUGCCUCUCAGAAAACUCAAUGGAUAUUUUUCUAAUAAAUCUAGCAUGAUACCAUCAGGAAUUAGUAAAAUCCUGUACAUCCCUCUUAGUACGGUAUGUGAGGUGUGAAAUAGCGUGUCACUGGUUUCCCUUCUUGAUAAAAGUACAGAGAUGUACGGGGAGUACAGAGCAAACCACAGAGAGAGCUAUUACACAGAAGGUUUUCCUUACUAUGACAGUGGUGAUAAGGGCAGGGAUAAGAGCUUAGACUGCUGUGCAUCAUCAACCUGCAUUGCUUGUUGAUGUGGAAAUCUGUAGCUCUGAAUGGCACUGCUCUGCAGGCUUUCGGUGGACUAAAUGGAGGAGGCUGAAGACGCUCUGUGUAUACAAAAACUGGGAAAAAUGACAAAACUAAGAACUGAGGGCACCAAAUCUAAAUGAAGUUUAGCAAGGCUUCUGGUUGCCCUGCUGCUGUUGCUGCUGGAGACUUAUUUCUGGUAAUGAAACAGAUACAUUUUAAUAAAAGGAAAAGUUGCUUUUAUUGCAAGUGGCAGCACGAACACAUACCGUUCAAGCUGGUGAACUGUUGAAUGUUAUUUAUUAAGCUGUAGCUAGUUAUCGAGGCCAGUUAAAGUGUUGGGAAACAUAUUUAAAAGCGUAAAAUAACUCCUGCCUGAGUCAGACUGAGCAGUAAUGAGAAAACCUGGUUAGUAUUUUCAGAUUCUUUGGAAAAUAUGUGUAGCAUUGCAUUGUUGACAGUUUUUCAACAGUUGCCAAAUUGUAUGCAGUUUUGAAACAUGCCUUUCAUAUCAUGUUCUCUAAAGUCAUUGAGAUUCUGCACUCCUAUACACUCCUAUAAUACUGUACCAUGCCUGUGGAUUUCUUACAUUUUUCAUUGAUCUAAUGUAGCACUCCCAACAUGACUCUACUCUUCCAAAUUUACUCUAAUUUUGUUUUGCACACUCUUGUCAACCUAUUGACCGUCUAUAAUCAGCACUUACUGACUUACUGUAGGUUGCAAUGACUAGCAAGCAAAAACAAAACAAAUAAAAAAAAAAGAAGGAUGCUUUUUUUGUGCUUAAAUCUUUGGCUUCAUGGUUAUGUGCAGCAUUGAUUUCUACACUUCUGACCAUAAAGUAAUAAGGAUCUAAGUGCUUGUGAUGCAAGGUGACCUAUGUGGCAAUAAAGAUGCAGCUUUGUGAAUACCGUCAUGCUGUAAGUGCUCCAUGGACAGAUGUGAUAGAUUGAAACCAUCUCUGCUAUACAAAAAGGCUGCUAAUCUCUGUUUGCCUCCUCUUCUGUGUAAGUAGCCACUGGUUUGUGGAAUAAUCAGUGAUAACACUGUACUCUGGAACAGAUCAGAGUAUGGGACUCAAAGGAAACACGCCUCUUUAAGCUGAAAAUACCAGGCUUUUCUGCCAGUUCUACAUUAUCAAAAUGAAGAAUACUGAGGCAGUAGGAUUUAAUUGAAAUGAUUGAGUGAGUUGAAAAUUAAAUUAAAAGCUUUUAAAAUUGGAAAUAUACUUCAAAACUCAAUCAAUUAAUAAUUAAGGGCUAGUAUGUGAAUAAAGAAAAUAAUGUGGGACUACAAAGAACAAGAAAUCAAAUUGCACAGGCUGGCCCUGUCCAAAGAAAGCUAUUUUUCCAUUCUUCUUUUGUGUGUGUGCGUGUAUGUUUUUGUGUAUUUAAUGGCAUGAUGUGAGCUCCCAUGUUAUUUUGGAAAAAUCUUCCUGACAUGGCUAUUGUGUCUUAAUGGGGCUGCGGACUGCCCCUGGUAGACGGAGGAACUUAAAGUGGGGAUUUGCACAAAGGCUUCCAGUUCAUGGUAACCCACCAAAAUUCCUCGGCAUUGCCUAGCAACAGUUCCGUGCAGAAAACGCAGGCAUUCGCUCUUGGGUUGCUUGUGUGGACAGAUAGGUUGUGCUCACAUGCAGACAUCCCAACAUCCAGUAUUACUGCAUCAUUUAUGCAUUUAUUGCUUGUAAUUUAAAAAAAAUAACAAUAACAUAAGAUAUAUUUCUUUGGGUUAUUGAGCUGAUGCUAAACUCUCUAAAGAUGGGUUGCACGGCAACUCAGUGACCAUGUCAGUUAAUAUGCAGCCUUUGUGUUGUAGUCAGUGUGUGGUAAAAUGGUACAGUCAAACUCCUAAGCAUGUCCUAUUAAACUUGUAUGAUUGUACAUACUGUCUCUUGUUUUAUAGUCACUAAGACACCUUCAAGGAUGUCAAUAAGAAUAUUGUUGCUGAUGUGGAUAUUUAUUUGGUGGCUACAUUUGCCCUUUUUUAACAUGAAUAUUUGUUAAAAAUCUAUUUUCAAAUUUUACUUUUUCUUUUCCCUAUUUUUUGUUUGUUUUGUGUUUAUUGCUGUGUAAAAUAAAG